AUGGAGGGUCAUCUGCUUGCUUUGGACGAGGAGCUGGUUUCAGCAGCAAGGCUCUGCGUGAUUCUGACAUCUACCGCAGAAGUGUGCAAGAGCCGGCGACUGAACCGCCGGCCCCGGCCGGCCGAAGAGCUCCAGGAGCUCGAGGAUUAUUUUGACAAGUACGUGUGGCCUUCCUUCGUGAGGUAUGGGCAGCCUGCCUUGGCAGCCCUUGAGGAGCUCUGCCGGGAUGCCGGCAAGUCUCUGCUGGUUCUGGAUGCCGCGCAGGAGCUGGCCAAGCUGGUGGACGAGACCAGCGCUGCCCUUCGUCGCUGA